UGUUACACUUUAAAAUGAUUGGAUGCAAACAAACUAAUGAAAUAUUUCAUUCCUCCAGCUAAUCUUAUAUAUGAACAAACGUUUUUCUUUCCUUCAUAUAGCGCGGCACAAUGUAUGCAGCGGUGUUGUUUCUUUGUAGUGUUGGUAUUUUAUACAUACGUGGAUGUGAAGGCGGUUAUUGUACUCAGUACUAUACAUGUUCAUACAGUUGUUACCGUAAAACUACCUACUACACAAGUUGUGGCUUCUUGUGGUGGUCAAGAUGUACAAGAUACAGAUCGGCUUUAGAUACCUGCUACAAGCAGUGCAAUCGAAGAGAGUGUUGUACCGGAUAUCAGGGGUCGAAUUGCGCUCAACCAAUCUGUUUCGGAUCGAUCAGUUGCCCAAAUGGCGGAACAUGUAGAGCCCCAGACACGUGCAGUUGUCGAACUGGAUUUUCCGGGACAAAAUGUUCAGAUAUAAACGAGUGUAGUUCUGGCACAGCGAGAUGUCACCACACAUGUAUCAACACACACGGUUCGUUUAGGUGCUCCUGUAGAAGCGGCUAUAGCUUAUCCAGCGACGGCAGAUCAUGUUCUGGAGCUGUUUCAUUCGAAAGGCUUGGGGAGACGAAAGAUCCGAUCUUCGAGAACCCUGAGAGCCAAUACAAUUCUUCAUCGGGCGUCGCUGGGGAUUAGGAAGCAUCAACAGUAAACGCCAUGGAGAAUCCCAUAUACGACACUCAGCUAAUGUCAGAUAUCACUCAACUUUAACUUUAAGGCAGCAAAGCUUAAGUUUUGAAGAGUCUGAAAUACGUACAUAAAAUUGAAAGUAUGACAUUUUAUAGUGUUCUUAGCCUAAAUAAUAUGUUCGCGUCAUUCUAAUAAAUGUGAGCAUUAUAUUAUUUCCGUCUCAUAUAUAUGUUAUAUUAUUUGUUUUCAUUCAGCUUAGCAAAACCUGUAUGCAAAAAAAAAACACACGCUUAUAUUAAUGUAUUAGUGUAUUGUUUAAUUACAAAAGGCUAUGUAUUUCAUCCCCUACAUUUUCCAUCGAUACAAAAAAGAUAAUUAAUACUGCUUAUUGUUAUUGAACUAAAAUGUAAAGAUUUAAUGACAUAAUGCUUCAAACGUGAUAUUUUACGUAUGUUAUACAAUUAAUGACCAACGUGUAAGUUUAAUUAUUUGUAUUAAAGCCUUUAUAUCCAAUAAUAUUUCAGGAAAUGUAGCCAUGUGUAUUAUUAUGCUUUCAAAUUAAGAAAUGUGUUCUAUUACGAUUAUGAAUAGAUUAAAAUAUGCACACCUACAAAGUAAACUGUUGAACGCACUGUCCUCUUGCUAUCGCAUACUUUUAAAUAAAUAUACUUAUCUAUAUUUACAAAUAUUUUGAUUUUGUAAUUCGCCAAUGAUUUUUCGCUUUUUUAAUAGAUUGUGAUUUUUGUUUUGAUUUCUUGUUCACUUGUGAAUGUAUACAUUUUGAUAUAUGUACACUCAUGGACAUAAUGUAUGUAUGUUUUGUUAAUAAUCUGUCUAAACUGUCUUUUUCGGUAUUGACAACGGUACAGAUAAAACUGAUAAAAUAUAUACUCCUUCUAAUAAAUGCAAAAAAAAUC